AGCGUGGGCGGGCCUGAGGCAGAGUUCUGAAUGGGCCGGGCGCGGAGCCGGCGGUUGAGAGGAGGGUGCUCGCGAUGAGAGCCGGGCCUUGCUGGGGCAUCCGUCGGGCGGCGUGGGGAUGGCUGGAGGCUUCCGCGCCCCUCGUCCUCCUGGCCUUCGCCCUCCCGCCGACGAUGUCGGCUCUGGGCUCCCCCGAGGACAGGCUCCGGCAGGCCUGCAACACCUGUCGCGGAAUCGCCGAUCGCUUCACUCAGGGUCUAACAGACACUGCAAAGAAGAAUUUUGGAGGUGGCAAUACAGCUUGGGAAGAAAAAACACUGUCAAAAUAUGAGUCCAGUGAAAUUCGUCUUGUGGAGAUUAUAGAAAAUCUGUGUGACAGUAGUAACUUUGAAUGCAACAACAUGGUAGAAGAGCAUGAAGAACAUAUAGAAACUUGGUGGUUCAAAUGGAAGAAGAAAUACCCUGAGUUCUUUAAGUGGCUUUGUAUUGAAACAGUUAAAGUUUGCUGCCCUGCUGGAACACAUGGACCAGACUGUAUUGCUUGUCGUGGAGGAUCAGAAAGGCCGUGCCAUGGAAAUGGUCAUUGUGAUGGAGAUGGCACUAGAGGUGGUGAUGGAUCAUGCAAGUGCACAAAGGAAUAUCAAGGAGAAUUCUGUUUGGAGUGUUCCGAUGGAUACUAUAACUCUUACAAAAAUGAUACACAUUCUGUUUGUACAGCUUGUCAUGACUCAUGUAAAACAUGUACUGGGGCAACCAAUAAGGACUGUAAAGAUUGUAAAGAAGGAUGGCUCAGAAAUGAAGAAGAAGCCUGUGCGGAUGUGGAUGAAUGUGCAGUAGAAGAUUCACCUUGCAAUUCUGAUCAAUAUUGUUUAAACACAGAUGGUUCUUUCUCCUGCAAAGCAUGUGAUCUCAGCUGCUUGGGAUGCACAGGAGAAGGGCCUAAUAAGUGUAAUAGCUGUAUAACUGGCUAUGAAAUGAAAGAUGAAACAUGCACAGAUGUAGAUGAGUGUGCACAACCCGAAAAAGUGUGCACAGGAGAAAAAACUGAUUGUAUUAAUACUCCAGGAGGUUACAAAUGUAUCUGCUCAGAGGGCUUUGAAGACAGAGAUGGCAUCUGUGUUCCAUCUGUAAAAACAGAAGAGGAAACACCAGCAAACGUAUCUUCGCCUGACACCCAUGAAGACUUAUGAUCUACAUUCCAAGAUGAGACGUCGAUAUCCAACCCUUAAGUUAUUGAACUGAACAACCACUACCUGAGAUGAUAUGUAAACGGUGUUAAACAAGUGCAGGUUGCCAGUAUGAUUCCCUGUAAAAAUGAAUGAUAAAUUGUCCUUAAAAUUGCAUUUCUGUACAAAAUAGAAGCAAUUACUACUUUUUAUACAGCCAUUACACUAUCCUAGUAGAAGUGGUUAGUGACUUUUGGUGAAAUUAAAUGGCAUGGUGCCCAUUCCAGCACUAAUUGUCCUUUGUGGAACAGUAGAAAAGGAAAUUACUUGGCAAACUAAAGACUUUUAGAUGUGGAUUUUUUAAUGACUAGAACUUGCCUUUUCCAUGUUGGUGAAGGGAGACUGCAUUUGGAAAAAAAACUGUAAAUGAAAUCUGAUGGUCAACUUUGUCAUUAAAGAUUUAUUGUGGCUGCUUUGUAUUUU